AGAAGUAGAAAUUGUUGACCUUGGUAAGAAAGAAGAAAACGACCGCGUUUCACUGUGAAUAGCGAAGAAAGCAAAAUGAGUGAAGAGAAGAGGAAAGAAGAAGGGUUGAAGACGUUGGAGAUCGAGAACGGUCUCCGUCUGGUCCCGCGCGUGAAGCUCAACCUCGUCAUAUACCCUUCCACGCCCCUCACGCUCCCCCACCCAAUCGACGAAUGGAAAACCAAACGCGCCCUCAUCGAGUUCCUCCACACCUCCCUCUCCCUCACGCUCCCCGAGGAGGACCUCCACCUCACGCGCCACAAGAACCUCAAGAAGCGCAAGCGCGACGACCCCGUCGCGGCCGGAACGCUCCGCGUGUGGGACCUCUCCUCCUUACCAACGGAGACCCGCUUCCUCGAGUGGCGCAACCGCCUCGUGGAGAAUCUGAACGGGGUCGAACUCAACCUCGAAGGCAUCAAGUUCAAACUCGCCGUUACUCUUCCCGUUUCCGACGAUUUUGACAGAAUGAAGAAGGAUUGGGAAGAGCAUUCCGCGUCUCGAAGUCGGCGAGAGCCUGAUACAGUUGUUCUGAGAGGCGUGCCGUCGCGGUGGUUCGCUGAACCCAGGGUUUCGUCUAAACCCUCCAUGCUUGUUACUCACACCAUCUUUUCUACAUUCGGCAAAAUAAGGAAUCUUAAUGUAGCUGAGGAUAAUGAAUUUGGUAAGGAUGAAAAUGAAGACAGUGGAGACUUAGUUUCAGGCCUUUACUGCAAGAUUGUGGUGCAGUUUGACAAUUAUAAAGACUGCCAUGAUGCAAUGAGAGUUCUGUGUGGUCGAUCUAUGCAAAAGGAAGGAUCACGAUUGAAGGCUGAUUACGAGGUUAGUUGGGACAAAGUCGAAUUUUUCCGGAAUUCAAGGAAUGGAAGUCGAGAGAAGAAGAAUAGCACGGUGUCCAUAAAGCCAGAAAAUGUGCGAGCAAGGAGAUUUAAGGAAUGAGGACUGAAAGGCUUUUUGAUUUUUAGGUACAAAUUCACAGCACUUUAAUUUUGGACUGACUCAAGACAAGUUAUUUUUGGGGGUCAAAUUCAAGCUUAUGACGUGGGAUAAUGGGGAUUAUCUUUGGUGACCAAUUUCUUGUUCUGACUUUAGAAUUCUUUGUUCCAAAUUAAAACACUUCUACAGAAAACUGGGAGUUUUUUUCUUCCAGAAAUUAUAAGGUCAUCUACUUAUUUAAUGAGUUUACACGAAGCAAUACUACAUCAGCAUGGAUUCAUAGUAAACCAAAAGAGGUAUUUUCUGAUUA